AUGAUACGUGGAAUGCUACCCAGGGGCCUUCGGGCUUUGCGACCUUCAGUAUCGCCCACUGUUGUGUCGAGCUCCUUGCACAGAAAUUUCCAUUCUUCCAUCCGUCGUUUUGACGAAAAAAUCCCCGAGACUUACGAAGAAGAAAAAGUCAUCAUUGACGAAAUCAAUCAGCUGUUGACGGAAAAAGAUUUGGCCAGUUCGUCGAGACUCCGUAAUAUCGGUGUUUCUGCUCACAUUGACUCGGGAAAAACCACUUUCACCGAGCGUGUGUUAUACUAUACUGGUAGAAUCAAAGCGAUUCAUGAGGUCAGAGGAAGAGACGCUGUAGGUGCCAAAAUGGACCAUAUGGAAUUGGAAAGAGAAAAAGGUAUUACGAUUCAGUCUGCUGCCACAUAUUGUUCGUGGGACAAAGAUGACAAAAACUAUCAUUUUAACUUGAUUGAUACUCCCGGCCAUAUUGAUUUCACCAUUGAAGUCGAAAGAGCGUUGCGGGUUUUAGAUGGUGCUGUUCUUGUGGUGUGUGCUGUUUCCGGAGUCCAGUCGCAGACCGUGACUGUGGACCGUCAAAUGCGUCGUUACAAUGUUCCUAGAGUGACUUUUAUUAACAAAAUGGACCGUAUGGGUGCCGACCCAUUUAGAGCCAUUGAACAAAUCAACUUGAAGUUAAAGACUCCUGCUGCCGCCAUUCAGGUGCCCAUUGGUGCCGAGUCCGAACUUAAGGGAGUUGUCAACAUCAUUGAUCGGGUGGCUUUGUAUAAUGAGGGCGCUCAAGGUGAAGAGAUCAGAGCUGCCGAAGUGCCUGCUGAAUUGGCCGAUUUGGUUGAAGAAAAAAGAGCUUUAUUGAUUGAGACCUUGGCUGACGUCGACGAGGAGAUUGCGGAUCUUUACUUGGAAGGCCAAGAACCUACAGUUCCUCAAAUUAAAGCGGCUAUUAGGAGAGCUACUAUUGGCAGAAAGUUCACUCCAGUCUUGAUGGGUUCGGCACUUGCAAAUAAGGGUGUCCAGCCUGUCUUGGAUGCAGUAGUGGACUACUUGCCCCAACCAAACGAAAUCUUGAAUACUGGAUUGGAUAUUUCGACUGGUGUUGAAAAACGUACUAACUUGAUUCCUUCGAGUACCGCACCAUUUGUGGGAUUGGCUUUCAAAUUGGAAGAAGGCAAGUACGGACAGUUGACGUACAUUCGUGUUUACCAAGGUAAGUUGAAGAAGGGUUCCUAUAUGAACCACAUCAAAAGUGGAAAGAAAGUUAAAGUGUCUCGUUUGGUAAGAAUGCACUCCAACGACAUGGAAGACGUUGAUGAAGUUGGUGCUGGAGAAAUUUGUGCUACUUUUGGAAUCGACUGUGCUUCUGGUGAUACCUUUAUUGGUCACAAUUCCGAGCAACAGAUUGCCAUGAGUUCUAUGUUCGUUCCAGAAGCAGUUAUUUCGUUGUCGAUCCUGCCCAAAUCGAAAGAUAAUGGCCAGUUUUCCAAAGCAAUGAACCGGUUCCAGAAGGAAGAUCCCACUUUCCGGGUGAAGUACGACCCAGAAUCGAAGGAAACCAUCAUCUCUGGUAUGGGAGAAUUGCAUUUGGAAAUUUAUGUGGAAAGAAUGAAGCGUGAGUACGGUGUGGAAUGUAUUACCGGAAAGCCUCAAGUUUCUUACCGUGAAGCUAUUACUGCCCCUACAACCUUCGACUACACCCACAAGAAGCAGAGUGGAGGUUCAGGUCAAUAUGGUAGAGUUAUGGGUGAGAUGACUCCAUUGGAGGGAGAAAACAAAUUCUCACAGCAUAUUGUUGGAGGAAAAAUUCCAGAAAAAUUCUUAUUUGCUUGUUCCAAGGGAUUCGAAGACUCUUUGGAGAAGGGUCCAUUAAUUGGACACCGGGUUCUUGGAGUCCAUAUGCAUAUCAAUGAUGGACAAACUCAUGUCGUCGAUUCUUCGGAAUUGUCGUUUAGAACUGCCACUCACGGUGCUUUCCGUCAAGCUUUUUUGAAUGCAAAACCAGUUAUCUUAGAGCCUAUCAUGUCGGUAGAGGUGAGUGCUCCUAAUGAGUUCCAAGGUUCAGUGGUUGGGUUGAUUAACAAGCUUGGAGGUAUGAUUUUAGAAACUGUGAAUGGUCAAGAUGAGUUUACGGUGACAGCUGAAUGUUCAUUGAACACCAUGUUUGGAUUUUCCACUUCUUUGAGAGCAUGUACCCAAGGUAAGGGAGAAUUUUCGUUGGAGUUUUGCAAGUAUUCGCAAUGUGCUCCGCAAUUGCAAAGAGAAUUGAUUGCUGAGCAUGAAAAGAAACAGAAGAAGUGA